AUGCACUGGAAUUACUAUCCAUCCUCAAGAACAGUUGAUGUUGCUUUCAAGAAGGAAAACACAACGGACUCUAGUUGGAUUGCUUGGGCCAUCAACCCCACCUCAAAGGGUAUGGUUGGUUCCCAAGCAUUUGUGGCUGUUCCAACAUCUUAUGGGACUUUCAAAGCCUAUACCUCACCAAUAACAAGUUAUGAAACUCUCUUGCAACACGGUAAUCUUAGUUUCCCUGUUCAUAAUGUUUCGGCAAUCUACACAGACGGCCAUAAGAUCAUCUUUGCAAGUUUCCAACUUCCAUCCAAUGUGACUUUGGUGAAUCACGUUUGGCAAGAAGGUUUUGCUUCGGAUGAUGGAACUUUAAAAGCACAUUUCCUAUCAGGACCUAAUCUUCGGUCUUUUGGUACCUUGAAUUUUAUAUCUGGGAAUGUUUCAGAAACAGGUGUACAAGUGAAUUCCUCAAAUACGACACUAAAAGACAUAACUAGUUAA